ACUGUUCAGAUAUCGUUACUAAAUUGCAUAAGACUCCAUUUUGUACUUGCAUAUGUGUAAAUGAAAGAAAUUUGAUUUUUAUUGUGAUUCUAAUUCAGGAGAUAUUUUUCUUUAAAUAUGUUUUUUAGAAAUCUAACACGAUUAUUGUUUAUACAAAAAUAUCUUCUUAAACACGAUGCGCGUAAUUUUUCAAGAAUUUCAGAUUUAAUUUUGGAGAAACCCGUUGGAAAAAGUACAAAAAUACAGGGAUGGGUGCAUGCACUGAGGAAAAUGAAGAAUAACAUUUUCUGUGAUGUUUAUGAUGGAUCAACCAAUGAAAUGCUCCAGGUUGUUAUACCUAAAUCUUCUAAGCCAAAUAAUUUAACUUAUGGAAGUAGUAUUGACGUGGAAGGUGUAUUGGGUUUAGCACCUAAUGGUAGAUUGGAACUACAAGUUAAUGAGGCAUACGUUAUUGGUACAUGUGAUGUUAGCCAAGGAUACCCAUUAAUACCAAAAAAACCUUAUGAUGCAGAAUACUUGAGACAAUAUUUACACUUUAGACCUAGAACGCAAGAAUUCAGUAGUUUACUACGAUUGCGUGAUGUAGCUACUGCAUCUAUUAAUAAUUAUUUUAGAAAUAGAAAUUUCAUACAUAUUCACACACCUAUAAUAACUUCUAAUGAUUGUGAAGGUGCGGGUGAAAUUUUUACUGUUAAACCUGACUCCAAAGAAGUUCUUGAAAGUAUGAAGAAAGAUGGUAUGUCAUUAGACGAAAUCUAUUUCGAUUCUAAAGCAUAUUUAACUGUAUCUGGACAAUUACAGUUAGAAGUACUUGCAAGAACUCUUUCAAAGGUAUAUACUUUUGGACCUACAUUUAGAGCUGAAAAUUCGAAGUCAAGAUUGCAUUUAUCAGAAUUUUAUAUGAUAGAAGCUGAAAGAGCUUUCGUUUCAAAUAUUGAAGAAAUAACGGAAGAAGUUGAACUUUUAAUGAAAACAGUAACUAAAGAUAUGUUUGAUCGAAAUCCUUCUGAUUUCCAUUAUAUUGGUGCAGUUGAACCACAAUGGUUGAAUUGUAAAUUUGGAUAUAUGACUUAUGACGAAGCAGUAAAUAUUUUAAAUGAUCAUGUAGUUCAAUUACAGCAUCCUAUCAAAUACGGAGAGAUGCUAUCUAAAGAACAUGAACUCUUUUUAGUAAAACAUAAUAAUAAUGUUCCUGUUUUUGUCAUAAAUUGGCCAAAAGAGGGUAAACCUUUUUAUAUGAAAGAAUGCUUAAAUGAUUCUUCUAAGGUUGCAGGACUGGAUCUUUUAGUACCAAUUGUUGGAGAAUUAGUUGGAGGAAGCAUUCGUGAAGAUGAUUAUGAAAAAUUGAAGUUAAAAUUACCUUCUAAUCAUAAUCUAUCGUGGUAUUUAGAAAUACGUAAAUAUGGCAAUGUACCCACUGGGGGUUUUGGGAUGGGUUUUGAAAGAUUUCUGCAGUGUGUCUUGGGAAUAACAAAUAUUAAGGAUACAAUUCCUUUUCCCAGAUGGCCACAUAAUUGCCGUUUAUGAAUAAAAUUUUACAGGAUUGUGUUGAU